AUGCCAGACGAAACCAACUACAGCCUCCCCGCCAGGCAAAAGCGCCCCGAGAUACUUGCCCUCGCGCGAGGUCUCCAAGGCGUGCCAUGGUGCGACGAAUACGAGAAGAUGAUUUCGGGAAUGCUAUAUGAUCCCUACGGGCCAAUACUGCUAGAAGCCCGGCAUCGCGCCCGCGGACUCACAGCCGACUAUAACAAUCUCGACACGAGAACAGUAUCAUCCGACAGGAUCGGCGAGGUGCGUUUGGAGCUGCUGAGGAAACUUGUUGGGAGAGCCGGCGAGGGGACAUUCGUUGAACCCCCGUUUCUGCCGGAUUAUGGAUGUAAUAUUAUCAUUGGGAAGGAGGUGUUUAUUAACUUCAACAUGACAGUCCUUGACACGAGCCUGGUGAUAAUCGGCGACAGGGCCCUGAUCGGGACGAGCGUCAGUAUCAUUUCUGCGGGACAUGAGACGGACCUGGGAUCGAGAAAGGAGAUGUUUGAAUUCGGUCAUCCGGUGUUUAUUGAGGAUGAUUGCUGGAUAGGGUCGAAUGUGGUUAUCAUGCCUGGGGUCAGGAUUGGGAAGGGCUCUACAGUUGGUGCUGGAUCUGUAGUGACGAAGGAUAUCCCUGAUUAUUCGGUUGCGUAUGGGAAUCCGUGUAGAGUGCACAGGAACGUUGGACCAGAGGCUACUGAUGUGUAG